AUGAAUUUUUACAGACAACGUUUUUUUCAUGUUUUAGCCUUUCGUUUGUGUUGCUGCUUUUUCUCUAAUACUUGGUUUGUUCCUGAUGAGUAUUUUCAGAGUGUUGAGGUUGCUUAUCAUAUAGUCUAUGGAAAAGGACAUUUAUCUUGGGAAUGGUUACCUGAAUGGGCACUUCGUUCUCCCUUACAUCCUUUAAUUUAUGCUUUUCCUUUUUGGUUGUUAAAAUUAUUUUGUCUUGAUUUUGGCUUCAUUAUUAGAUGGAUACCUAAUAUUAUUCAUGCUUUUUUGUUUGCAAUUGCUGAUAUUUGUUUUAUUAAUUGGGCAAAAUCUGUUAUUGGAUUUUCUUUAGAUGCCUUGUAUAUUAUCCUUCCACUAUAUUUUACAAAUUGGUUUAUUGUUUAUUGCUCAACAAGAACAUUAUCAAAUACUUUAGAAUGUUGUUUAAUGUUAAUUGCACUCAAUUUUUACACUAAAAACGAUGCAAAUUAUGUGGAAACGAAGAAAAAUGAUGAUUCUGAAGAAGAAAAUGAGGCAAACUUUUCAAUUCCAAAAAUUGAUUCUUUUUGUAUUUGUUUAAUUUUUGUGUCAAUAGCUGCAGUUAUUAGGCCAACAACUUGGUUAUUAUGGAUACCUCUCUGUUAUGGCCAUUUUGUUUUUUAUUUAUUGGAAGGACUUGAUGUAAUUAAUCAAGAAAUUAUUACAAAAAGAAUGGAAGAAUAUAUUUUGAGUUAUUCUCCUUUUGUUAUCAUCAUUCCAUUGUUCACUUUUAUUCUUGAUUCAUUUUACUAUGGACGUCCAACUUCAACAUUUUUCAAUUUUUUUCAUUUUAAUAUAAUCAAAAGUGGAAAUGCUUUAUUUGGUUCACAUCCUUGGCAUUGGUAUUUUACUCAAGGAUUGCCUUCAAUUUUGUUAUUUGCUUCAAUUCCGUUAUUUACAAUUUUGGUUAAAUUAAUUAGAUCUCGUUUUUAUGUUGAUGUUCGAUUGGAUAGAAGGUUUUUUUAA